AUGAUUCAAUUCAAACGCCAGGAAGAAUUGUCCAUCGUCAAUUUUUCUUUCAAGGAAGAGUUCCGCGUCUCGUGUGUGACGCCGCAAAGCAUCUAUGCUUGGUUUCUACAUCGUCGUCAAGUUGAACUCAAGGAAUCGAACUUGUCAUCUGUCACACCUGGCAAUAGCAACAUCACCUUGAAAUUUGGCCAUGUCCAUUUGCAGUAUCUAUCUAUUGAUCUCACACCUGUUAUUGGCCGCCGCGGAUCAGUAUGCAACAAGUCUGCCCUCGAGAUUAUUUCUGCUGAUACUACAACAUGGUACCAAAGAGAUGAUAAACUCAAAGCUCAACAUGGCUUCAACCUCAAGGAUAGAGAAAGCUACACAAGAGAGGAAGCAAAGCAGAAGAGAUUCAAUUCUAGGACAACAACAGUGACCACAAUUGAAUUAACCUACGUCAAUAACAUGAGAGUGCAUAUUACUAGCCGUUAUUCAAACUUGAAUCAGCUCAUCCGUUUAGAAGAUAAUGAGCAAGACGAAGAAUAUGGCUCUGGAUGA